GUCUGCGGACGUCGGCGUCCGGAGGUCGGAGGGAGAGGUCGAGUAUCUGGUUUUUCAAGAGCCGCUUUGAAAAGCCUCUCUUCAUCUUCAGCUUCGGAAAGGAAGGCCUCUGUUCGUCCUUUCCUUUGGCCUUCGGUGUGGCGUUGGCGGCCUGUGGUGGCGCCUAGUUUCCGGGUAGGGAUCCUGAGAGACGGAGGGAAGUUUGCAGCCCCGGGCCGAGAUGUCUCAGUACGUGAACGACCUGUGGCCCGGCUCGCCGCAGGACAAGGAGUCCCCCUCGACGUCUCGGUCGGGCCGGUCCAGCCGCCUGUCCUCGGCGUCCAGGAGCCGCUCGUCUUCUGGGAGCUCUCGGUCCCGCUCCAGCGGCUCGAGCCGGGCGUCGUCGCGGAGUCGGAGCCGGCCCCGAAGGAGGAGCAGGUCCAGGUCCUGGUCCAGGCGGCGCCACCAGAGGAAGUACAGGCGCCACUCGCGCUCCUGCUCGCGCAGCCGCUCGCGCUCCCGCGGCCGCCGGUACCGGGACAGGCGCUACGGCGCGUCCAACAGAUACCGCCGGUCGCCGUGGCGGCCUCGCUCUCGCAGCCGGUCCGGCUCGCGGGGACGCGCGUAUUACCGACGGGCCUACGCGCUGCCGCGGGGGCGGCGCCACUACGGCUUCGGCCGCGCCGUGACCCCGGAGAAACGCAGAAGAUGGAGGGGCAGCGCCCGGACCAGGUCGCGGAGCCCCACCCCUUUUCGCUUGAGUGAGAAAGAUCGAAUGGAGCUGUUAGAAAUAGCAAAAGCCAAUGCAGCAAAAGCUUUAGGGACAGCUAACUUUGACUUGCCGGCUAGUCUCAGAAAAGUUCUUGCAUCUAAAGAGACGAACCAUGGAACAGCUGUACCAAACAGUGGUGCAACGUUUGAGCUGUUGGAAAGACAAGCAGAAGAUGGAACUAAAAAUCCCAGUGAAAAGCCUUCCCAGCAAAAAAGCAUAGCUUUUAGCUCUAACAAUUCUGUAGCAAAGCCAAUGCUUCAGAAAUCCGCUAAAGCUGCUGCUGAAGAGACCUCUUCAGGAUCCCCCAAAAUAGACCAGAAAAAAAGUCCAUAUGGACUGUGGGUACCUGUCUAAAAAAAGAAAACUAAUGUAUAAGGUUGACUGAAAUGCACUUUAUUGCAAGUGUGUGUUCCUAACAUUAUUCCAUCUCUGGGAGUCAUUUAGUGGUAAUUGUUGCAAUUACAAACAAUGACAAAGAAAUAUGUAAAUCUUUAAUAUUUAAAUAUUAACAUUUUAGAUUUCUCUUAUAGAUAAGAGAUAAUAUACACGUGGACCAGAGGAUUCAUAUAGGUGGGAGUCUUGUACAUAUACUUGUAAAUGUUUUGUAUAAUAUCGAUUACUUAUGUAAAAGCAAAAUUUAUAAGAACAGUAAAUGAUUUGUUUAUAUUUGUUAAUAAAUUUCUUGUUUAAAUUUG